GAUCUAUCAUCAGGAAUGAGUCAACAAACAUUUGCGAGGUUAUUAACAUUUGAGAAGGGUUGUCAAUUUUGUAAAACUGAAGAGAAACUGUUGACAAUCUAUUGGAUUCCUGGUGUUCACUCUUGCAAUGACUGCAUGUUCUCGGAAUUUUUAG